AUGGAGUCCCUCCUGCAGAGCGGCUACUUCCACCCGGUGCUCCGCUCCUGGCAGGCCUCCGCCUCCGCCUUCCAGGCCUCCCAGCUCAUCUACCCGGUCUUUGUCACGGACAACCCAGAUGCAGUGGAGCCCAUUGCCAGCCUCCCUGGCCAGGCUCGGCACGGGGUCAACCGUCUGGAGGAGCUGCUGCGCCCCUUGGUUGCCGACGGGCUGAAGUGCAUCCUGAUGUUUGGGGUCCCCAGCAAAGCCAUCAAGGACGAGUGCGGCUCUGCGGCCGACGGCGAGGAGACCCCCGUGAUCCAGGCCGUACGAAGGGUCCGCUCCUUGUUCCCGGAGCUGCUCAUUGCCUGCGACGUCUGCCUGUGCCCCUACACCUCCCACGGCCACUGCGGGAUCCUGCGGACUGAUGGCUCCCUCCAGAACGAGGCCAGUUGCCACAGGUUGGCGGAGGUGGCCCUGGCCUACGCCAAGGCAGGGUGUCACAUCGUGGCUCCUUCGGACAUGAUGGACGGGCGCAUCCGGGCCAUCAAGGAGGCCUUAAUCUCCAACGACCUGGGCAACAAGGUCUCAGUCAUGAGCUACAGCGCCAAGUUUGCCUCCUGCUUCUACGGCCCUUUCCGGGACGCAGCCCUGUCCAAGCCUGCUUUUGGAGACCGGCGGUGUUACCAGCUCCCCCCAGGAUCCCGUGGGCUGGCUCUGCGGGCAGUGGACCGGGAUGUGAAGGAGGGAGCCGACCUGCUGAUGGUCAAGCCUGGCAUGCCCUACCUGGACCUGGUGCGGGAGGUCAAGGACAGACACCCCAACCACCCGCUGGCCAUCUACCACGUCUCUGGGGAGUUUGCCAUGCUGUGGCACGGGGCGCAGGCCGGGGCCUUUGACCUGAAGGCCGUGGUGAUGGAGGCCUUGGCCGGAUUCAGGCGAGCAGGGGCCGACGUUCUCAUCACGUACUUCGUGCCACAACUGCUGCAAUGGAUGAAGGAGGACCGAGCCUGAGCCACGAUGCGUCCGUUCUUCGCCCAAGAACAGCAAGAGAUGGGAGUCACAGAGACACCCCUCUUCCAAGGCCCUGCCUUUUGCAGGCCCAGAGCCGACCUGUCUCCCUAGGCAUUGCUGCCACAAAGGGGCACCUCUUCAAGGGAUGCUCCUUGAUCUCACUCAUACACUUGCUCUCUUUCUGACAGUGCCAUAGUGCCCACUAUACCUCCGAAAAGAGAUAGGUAAACAUUGAAUGUGCUUCCCCUUGCUCUAUUUUUAUGCUGGAAGAAUGAAACUAUUUUCAUAUUUGGAGGGAAAUAAAUAAAAAGACCCCAGAGGGGAGGAAAAAAAA